AUGUUCAGAAAUGACAUGAAGGAGAAGAAUAGUGGACAUGUCGACAUAACCGAUCUGGAGGACGACACAGUACAGCGAAUGUUGGAGUACAUGUACACAGAUUCCCUGGCAGACAUGCAACUUGAAAGUGCCUGCAAGCUUUACGCAGCUGCUGAUAAAUAUCAGAUCCUGUCCAUGAAAAAACGGUGCUCUUCUUUUUUAAAAGAAAGUUUAUUCCCGAACAAAGUUUAUGACGUUUUAGUUCUGGCUGAUUUGCAUCACGACGAUGACCUCAAAAAUGAUGUCCAGGAUUGUAUAAUUGAGCAUGACAGGGAAGUUUUUGGCUCGGCCGAAUGGAAAACUUUCAUGGACACGAAUCCUAAAUUAGCUGCUGCUGUUAUGUAUCGAAAAGUCUUUCCUCUCUAG